GUCGUAUGCGAUGUAGUACAAUUUCGGUUUCUCCUGAGAGAUGGAGGAUACUAGUAUUCAGAGGUGUCGUCCUCGGUCAAAAAAUUUCGUGAUCCAACCCUAUCCGAACCACCUAGAAGUCAUCUCCUCCUCCUAUAAACCAUUUGUCGCUCUAUGGGUAUCCUAAUGUGUAUAAGUAGCCUUAACCUCUUAGGGAUUCUCGUUACGUCGAGUUCAGUUUGAUGUAGACUAGAGCAUUCUCUUAGUAUGUAGUACUCAAGAAAAAGAUUCGUUUAAGAUGCAGCACUAGCCAUUCGUCCCAGCCCGAUUAUUGGUAUGACUUCUAGUCCUUCGUAGUGAGACAGUCAUUCUGUACAUUAUAGUGAUUUGCUCUUAUGCAGCUUCUAUCGUUAGAGGACAGAGCACGCCUCCAUAUCUAACCAGAGAAUGUACCUGCAGCAUCAUCUCGUCUCUCUGGGUCCGAGCCCUGGCGUCGUUCGCAGUGGCGUGGUACAUCCAUGUUGUGAAAGUCAAAUUAUUUUUUGAUGUAAACCUACUUAGUAUCAUGAACGACCGAAUUAAUAUAAAAGGCAUGUACUUGUUUCUUUCUGUUCUCUUUACUCCUGCUUGUAGUUACCUUAACAUCUCAGGUUCCUCCAGAAGAUUUCGAGACAAGCUUGGCGGGCUUUUGUCGAGCAUCUUCGAGCAGCGCACCUUUGAAGAAGGUCGAAGGCUAUGCGCAAUCGACAGGAGGAACAUCAUUUCUAGCGAUAGGUGCAACGGGUGCGUCACCAGGAGGACAUCUUCAACAUUUCGUGAGCACAAGUACAGCGCCAGGACCAGGACGGCAUCUUCUAACCGCGAGUUCCUUACCAGGCGGGCAACAGAAUGUACUUCAUCGUCUCCACCAAUUUGACGAGUCAUCAGGAUUUUCGUCAAGGCUUCCGUCAACAGCGAGAAGACGAGCAGGCUAUCACAACAGCAACUACUUUGGAACAAGAGCGUCAAUAUCGUCCUUUGCAGACGCCUCUCCCGGAGGCGGACUUGGGAUGUUUCCAAGUCCAACUGGGAUGAUGAAUCAAGCUGGAAACACUGCACAGAAUGCAGGUAGUGCAGUGACAGGUGGCAUGGUCCCACCUGCACAAGAUGCGGGGCAGGGUGGAUACGGACAACAAGGUGCUCCUCCGCCAGUUAUGAUGAUGGUCUACUCUGCCCUAAGACCUGAGUGAAUGAUCUGAGACAGAGUCUUAAUCUGAUUUAAGAAUGUUUUCAGAAGUUUAUCAGAUACCCUUAAAUGUUUUCAGAAGUCGCCCCUGUUGAAUAGUUUAAAGAACGGAUGUAGGACGAUGGACUUGGAUGGAUCGGAUGGACCCCCCUGAUUCUUCCGAUCCCACUUGAAAUGGUGGGAAGUCCAUCCGUUCCAUCCGAUCCAUCAGAUCCCGGAUCUGGCACCCCUCGAAAUUAUUCAAUAGCUAAACUAGUGCACAACUUAAGGCGAAGAAAUAUGUUGAUGCAGUACGACCAAAUCCACGUUCUAAUCCAUGCUAUGGAGGUCAGCAAGGUGGAGGAUAUGGACAGCCUCCGGGAGGUCAACCGGGGUAUGGAGGCCAGCAAGGAUACGACAAUGGUGGAUACCAACAAGGAGGAAUGAUGGGAGCGAACCAGCCUCCACCUGGUAAUUGUAAAUAUGUUUAAGUAAGUCACAACAUGAAUAACAGGUAAGCUGCGUAAGAUAAAUAUGUUUAAGUAUAAGUAACAGCAUUAACAGGUAAGCCUAAGCGUAAGACGAGCUACAACUUCUAAAAUCUACAACCCAAGCCCUUCUAAAAUCUUCUACCAAGGUGCCCCAGAUCCAGCUGCAGGUAAAAGCACAAUUUGGAGCUAUCUUACAGGGCCAGCGGGGUUUGUGCUAGGGAUAGUCGGGUACGUCAUGUUUUGUAGAAGCAAAGCGGAAGAAGAGUCAGAAGAUGAAGCGAGUUCUUCUUCGUAG